UUUUAAAUUUGUUUUGGAGGACCUUUUUUGGAGGACUUUUUUUGUUUGCAAUUAUGAAUUAUAUAAUGUGAACAUAUUUUCUAUGCUUUUCUCUGUUAAUUAAUAUUAUUGUAAGAAACGACAAAUUAACUGAAAGGUUACUUUUGACGUUUAAUUUGAAACUUAGAAUGCCACAUAAGCAAAAAAUUCAACCAGAUCCUAUUAGCAAAAUUGCCAAUGAUGGUGCAGCGGACACAACCGAAAAUUCUAAAGCAGACAAUAAUCACAAGGACAGCAAAAAGAAACAGGAAAAUCAGAUGCAAGAGUCCCAGUCUGAUGGCAGUAUCAUAAAAAAUCACAAGCGGUCAAAAUUCACACAAAAAAUCGUCAGUAAAGUGAAGUCUUGGAAUAGCAAGGAUGGAAAAGGGUUACAGGAACAUAAGAAAGGAGUGUCUGAGAAUACAAAAAGAGAAACUCUACAAAACGUUAUAGACAACGAACUAGCACACGAAUUAGAGGGAGUUACAUUGCAAAGUUCUGAAUCGGACGAAGGUGUGCCCCAACCAGAGCAUCUCAAGGCGAGAGACAGUCUAGAGAAUAUUCUAUCGCCUAAAAAGGAAGAAGUCACUGGUGAGGUUGCUAAUAGUAAAUCGUCUCCCUCAACGUCGCAGGAGAAAUCGGUUACAACCACCCUUUCCCAUACCGAUUCACACAUGGCUAACAUAAAAGCAAGUUCCACCGAUGCCAUUGCAAAGGUACUCGCGUGGGACCCGUGGGACAAACUUAAUCGUAAAAACAAAAGAGAAUACAAGAGAAGAAAAGCUGAAAAGGUGAAAACCGCCCCCAUGGAAAACACCAACGGUACCAACAACAGAAUUCGAUCACCUACAAUAAAGACGAAGAACCGGGUCAAAGGGUACGAAGAACCGGCUAAUAAUGACGAUGCAACAGACGACAUGGACGAAACGUACGAAUACAAACCGUACAAGACGAAGAAAAAAAAGUCCGUCGAAUUUAUAAAUCAAGUUUUGGUGGUUUAUUAUGCCAACGAUGAAAUAUUAGCGGAAACGACUGAGCCACUCAAAAAGGAAACGGAACAACAAAUAAGGAACAAAGAAAUGAGAAAAGGUCACAUCCCAGCAACCAUAAUGGAUCGCAGAAGGUGCAACGAAAAUUUUAUGUCAUGGUUUUGAUUUCAUCAUCAAUGUGCGCCUUCCCAAAAAGAAUAUUUUGAACAAGUUUUUUUUCUUUUUUUAUAAUAAAAAUGCCAAAGAGUAGUACAAAAUUCUGAUAAAACAGUAUAUAUCAACAUAAAUAAACCACAUUAAAUGUUU